AUCGAGGUUUCGUUCAUCGCGGAGGGGGUGGUUCGCCAUUUUGAAUGUCCAACUCCCGGCAGAUCUCAGCGUAAAGUCAGAGUAUAAAAAUUAUUUUAAAAGCCGAUCAGUUUAGGAAAACACUAAUACUUUUGUUCGACUUGCAACGUCCUAUUUGUUGAAGUAGUUUUCUUGUCAUAUUAAGUCUGGAAAGGAUUGCAAUUUGUGUGGUCAUCGGAAAAAGGAGAGUCUUGCGGGUUGUGUGAUGAUUCAUGGAACGGCUGUCAACACAAUCCACGAACCAAGAUACAAGUGCUUGUAUAGCACUUUGUUAUCACCUCAACCAGCCGAUCAAUGUUCAAGCUGUGGACAAUCAGACUGUGGUGGCCGUGAGGUCAUUGCUGGACUCUCAAGUUGUUACUGAAGCACAAGAUGAAGAAGAGGACAUAUUCCAGUGUGGCAAGUGCAAAAAGCAGUUCACCUCACUGCCGGCAUUUGUCAGCCACAAACAGACGCCAUGUUUGCUCCAGGCUCAGCAGCAGCCACAGCAGACAGUGCAGCAAAUUCAGCAACCUCAAACAUCCCAGCUUACCCUUGGUCCAGGACCAAGCACAUUUGGACCCACCAUAAAUCUUAACCGACAGUUUCCGCAGGCCCAGCUCAAUGGAACUGUAUCUAAUAUAAAUGCGACUGCGCCCAUCAUCCAAGCUCACCCAUGCCUCACCAGGUCGCUGAACCAGCCAGCCAAUGCGACGCUGACUUUGGGCGGUGUCCCUUCCUCCCCGAUCUCACAGCUUUCGCAAGGCAUGGUCUUCACGGACGACCUCAUGGCACUCACCAAUCUGGACACCUCAGGGCUGACCGCACCGGCAAUACAGAUGGUUACAGCCCCAAUUGCGGGUCAGGCCUCCAACAACUCCAACGGCGUGACAAUUUUCAGCCCCAUCAGCAGCCUCACCAGUUCGGCCAACAACUUUGGGCCGGCUGCCGGGGCCACUGGUCAACUCCUGGUCCAGCAGGCCCCCCAGAUCACGCUGACCACCAUCACAGACAAAGGUGUUCAGCAACAGCAACAGCAUAUACAACAGCAGCAGCAGCAACAACAACUGCAACAACAGCAGCAGCAGAUCCAACAACAGCAGCAACAGCUUCAACAACAGCAGUUGCAGCAGCAAAUACAGCAAACUCAACAACAGCAGCAGCACUUAGCCCAGGCCAUGCCCCCACCCCCUCCACCAGCCCCCCAGCCUCCCAUCUCCCUGGCCAUGGCCCCUUCCGCUCCGGCCGCUGUCCAACCGCAGGUUCUCAAAGCCACUACUACCAAAGCUGGUCGCAAGUCUGCCCAGAACAACUUCAUCACAGUCUUGAACGCAGACAACAGUGUCAGUCUGCUGAGCACACGCAAGGGCAAAACCGCUCGGAACUCUGGGAAUGCCGCUGUCGCCGAGGAGGAGGCCAACAGUAAACCCAAGUUACAGUGCGAGUACUGCAGCAAAACAUUCACCAAGAACUUUGACCUUCAACAACAUGUCCGUGCUCAUACAGGGGAGAAACCGUUUCAGUGCAUUGUGUGUGGCCGCGCCUUUGCUCAGAAGUCCAAUGUCAAGAAACACAUGGCCACACACAAAGUGUGGCCAUGUGGUACCUCCAACACCCUCCCUAAACAGCCUGAGCCGGUGGUGGAGAAUGAAGAGGCUGGGCAGACGUCAACGCCCCCCUCAGUGACGGAUGGCGCUCCCACAGGGCCAGGGUCUGCACCUGGCAAUUUGUCUGAGCCCCCAACCUCCGACACUUUUGAUGCAAGAGUUCCCAGGUCAUUUGACUCCAGCAUUGUGAACCAAAUGCAACAACAACAGCAACAACAACAACAACAACUACAACAACUACAACAACCAGAAGACGAGGAAGGUUCGGAGGAGAGCGGGCCGAGGGUAAAGGUGAUCGUGGACAACUCUUAUGUGUGCCAGUAUUGUCCAGCCAAGUUCAAGUCCUACUACCAGCUCAAGACGCACCUUGUGACGCACAAGAGCGAACAGGUGUACAAGUGUGUGAUGAAGAACUGUGGUCAGUCUUAUCGCGACCUGGACGACUUUCUGAGCCAUGUCAAGUCCCACGAGAGCGAGAUGAGUUACCGGUGUCACCAGUGCCACAAGUACUUCAAGUCUCUAUGUGAGCUGGGAGUGCACCAGUACACUCACGUGUACAUGAACCAGAGUGUCAAGUCGGGACCCAGGCACUUCCAAUGCACAAAAUGUGGCAACAAGUACACGACCCCUGAGGCUCUGGAGCAUCACACGUCCACCACCUCGCAUGACUACCGAUGUCCACACUGCGAGAAACAGUUCACUUGUGAGAGAUUUCUCCGUCGACAUCUGCCCAUCCAUGGCUCUGAGGGUCAGUUUGAGUGUGGCCGUUGCCACAAGCGCUUCAAGACUGAGCACUACCUGAAGUCUCAUGUGCUCAUCCACACGGGUGAGACUCCCUAUGCUUGUAAUAUAUGUCAGGCGGCCUUCAACCGUAAGGACAAGCUGAAGCGUCACAUGACCAUCCACGACGCUGUCAAGAAAUACCGAUGUCCCUUCCGGAACAUUGCAGGCUGCACCAAAGAGUUCAACCGGCCGGACAAGCUGAAGGCCCACAUCAUCACCCACAGUGGCAUCAAGCCGUACAAGUGCAGCAUCUGCGGCAAGAGCUUCUCCCGCCGGCCCCACAUGGUGGAACACGAGCGAGGCCACAACGCUGACUUCCGUUUUAAGUGUGAGAAAUGCGGGAAAGGGUUCUUCCGUCCUAAGCUCUUCAAUGAGCACAAGUGUCUUCCGUCACGAGCUGGUGUGGAGCAGCACUUCCGCCCACGCAAUCGACGCAAGCUGGGGCGCCCGCGGAAACGCAUGAUCAGCAUCACUCCGGAUUCCAUCGCCAAAAGUAGGGGCAAGCAGUACCCAUCUAGAACGCGGGGCAAGGGCACUCUACUCUCUUCCACCACAGCACAGCUGGUGGCGCAGCAUCUGUCGGCAAAACAACAGCAGCAGCUUCAGGAGUCAGAGCAGCUGCAGCAACCACACAGGCAGCCGGACAAGCUGAAAGGCAAGAAGGCUUCCCCCGGCAGCACUCGGCGUCGCAGCAAGAACACCCUGUCUGUGGAAGUGGUGAAGGCGCUGCCAGUCCUUACUCCCACGGAGAAGGUUGAGGUGACCCCGGGACUGGACAUGGAGGUUGAGGAGAUUGCACCCGACAAAGGGGAAGAGGAGACAUUGACAGGCUCACAGGUUUUGUCCCCCUCACUGCAGCGGGUGAGCCUGGGGCCGGCAGGAGAGCUGGUAGAUCACUACGUGGUGCACCUGACCGAGUCUGUGGAUGGUAGCGCCCCCACUAUACAGACGGCUUUUAUCCCGGCUGUGUCAGGUGGCCAGAUGUUUGCCAGUGGGCCAGGCGGUAUGGCCAUCCAGCCCAUCGCAAUCAUUGAGGCCAGCUCUCUCAAUAUGGGUGCUGGUAGUGAGGUUGCCGGGACGCAGAUCCUGACAGCAGAUGUGGCGGGGGCCAUGAUGAGGCCACAGGCGGAGCUGCACCUGCACAAGGAGGAUGGGCGGGAAGUGGCGGCGGAGGGGCUUGUCUCCCAUGCUGAGGCGCAGGGCAGGCUGGCAGACAGUGGGUCGCAUGUCAAGACGGAGAUGGAGGACACCAGGCUGAUGAUCUUGUCUGAACACAAAGCGAGGGGUGCAGUAGGGGGUAUCUCCCCCACAGCUUCUACUGACGUCCUUGUUGGGGGUCAGACUCCGUCCGUCAUGGAAGUCCAUGGUCAUGCUGGUGAUGCUCAGGUUGGGGGGCAGAGGGUGGGCAAAGACGAUGUUGUCAUGGUGAUCGGCAAUGGGGGGAUCAUGGGUGAUGGAAGUGGGAUGGUGGGUGUGGGUGGGGAAGAGGAAGAGGGAGCAGACAUCUUGGAAGUGAACUCGUCUCUCUCCUUCUUCCAGCCCCCAGUCAGCUCCGAGGCGUUCGUGGAGAGGCAAGUGGUUGUCUCUGAUGGACAGGCCUUCAUUGCCUGCUCUAGUCAACUCGUCGACUACACCACCUCUGAUGCUGUGUUGCCUAGCAAUGCCAUCAGAUAACACAAACUUGUGCAAAUGCACUUUAACUUACACAUGCACAAAAUAAUUGGUAUGGUACAAGCAUUUUGUUUAGCUUUUGGUGCUAAAUUAAUUUUGUUUAUAAUGUGUAUAUUGAUCUAGUUUUUAAUCAUUAGCCCAGCGCGCACAUUACUGGUUCUUUAUGUUUGCUCCAACGACUGUUAUGUUUUAAUGUUCUGUGGGACAUUGUCAACUGUUUCCUUCCUUUCAUUGCUGCUUAUAACAUUGUGACCCUUCUCGGUGUGAUGGAUGAGAUUGGUAGAUGUCCCAUCAACUUUCCUUAAUUUUGUUACACUGUGAAAUGUCUCUGUUAUGCAACAUUCUGCCCACUGAUGGCAUUUGAAAUAUCAUUAACAUUUUCUUCAUGGUGAUAUUGUAGAGUGUCUGAUGGUGUAAAACGCUGCUGUUAUGUUGCUUUAUUCAUAGCUGCCACUUUCCCGCUAAAUAGCGGAAACUCCGCUCCAUCUAGCUUUUCCCGCUACUUUCCUCCUUCCUCCGCUGGACAGCUCUUGGCCGCAAAUCGCGAUACUUUUUUUUUACACGCGGAAAUCGCCGAACCGGGAGUGAGACAAAAAAGCGGCGUGCGCAUGUCCACCUGUAGCUUUCUACUUCCGUUCUGUGCCUAGUUUCACAUUGUUUAUUGUUGUGGACUGUCGAUCGAGCAUCGGGGCGAUGGCGUGCCGAGUUAUCAUUAAAAACGGCAGAGAUUCAAGAGAAAUUGAUGCAGAAUGCAAAAAUAAAUGGAGCUGGAUUGAGAAAGAGGCAGACAAUGUGCUUUCAAAUUUCAUUUGAGAAUUGAACAAGCCGAGUGCUGCACUUUGCGUUUGGAGCGAUAAGUAAGAAGGCAAUUGUUUACUUUCUCGCUUUUAAUUCCAGCCGCGCCUAAAAUCCUAAAUUAUCUAGAUCUAGAAUCUAGACGAAACUCUAUGCAUCCCCGACUGGAUAUUCAACUCUUUGCGCUAGAGUUAAGAAUACGUAAACCACGGCUAUUUCAUCAUUUGUAGGUAGAUAUAUCUAGAUCUAGUAACAUACACUGGCUUUCGGCCUUCCGUGCUGAUUUUGAUGGCCAUUGAGUAAAACAUUCAUAGAGUUCAGAGUGGUUGCUCGCUACGAAGUCCUCCCCCGGAAUUAAACACGAGAAAGUAAACAAUUAACAAGAAAGACAAUUUUGUACUACUACUACAGCGGCAAAGGUGUUGCCUCCUUAAUCCAAUACUGCUCAACAUUUUUGCUCAAGUCUAAAGUGGAAGAAAUCUUUUUAUGAAACACUAGAUUGCAAACACUUUUUAGUCUCCAAACUGGGUCAAAUGCUUGUUAGUCAACUUAGUGUCUUUGAUUGUUUUUUGGUUUUUUUUUUGCAAAUGCAUUUUAAUUCAGUUGCCUGUAGUUAACAAAUAUGACAGUUUUCCCUACCAAAAACAUAGAUGUUCCAACAUAUUGGAUCUGGAUUUCACUGGUUUUGCUCCGGCUUUCGGAGGGCGCACGUACGCUUUCGCGUGAAUUUCCUCCUUUUUUGUAAUUCCUGAGUGGCAGCUAUGUUUAUUGAAAGUGUUUUCAAGCCAUUCUGCUUCUUCUUUCCUAUCAAUGGUCUAUCGUCCUUAUCUCUCCUCCUUCUUUUUGGUAUUUGUUACUUUCUUGUAACACCUCUAAUCUUCGGCACUUAUAGGACCUUAUUGUGUUGCAAGUGCAGUAAAACUCUUACUAAAACUAAAAAAAAAACAUUCAGUCAUUAUAUUUAGUCUCCCUGGAAAGAAAAUGCAACAACAAUGAUGACUUUAUUCUGAAUAAUAAAAUUGUUUUGUAUGGUGA